AUGGAGAUGAAGGCCAGGGUGACCGGCGGCACGGCGUCACCGAUGGAGAAGAAGAGGUCGGAGAGGGAGAGGAGGCAGCGCAUGAAGGCGCUCUGCGAGAAGCUCGCGUCCCUCAUCCCAAAAGAACACUCCCCCCACGCUGAUACAUUGAGCCAGCUAGGCAGCCUGGAUGCGGCGGCAUCAUACAUCAAGAAGCUCAAGGAACGGGUCGAUGAUCUACAACACAAGAAGGCCUCUGCACAAGCCAUGGCUACCUUACUGGGAGUUAGUGGCAUCUCGACGCCCACUAUCACUGCUACCAAGAGCAGCGGUGCGGGGUCACCAGAAGGAGGAAAAAAAUUGGAGGCAGCACCACGGGUAGUGGAGGUGCGGCAAUAUGACGAUGCAAGCAUGGAGGUGAGGCUGAUAUGCAGCACGGAGAGGCCUAUCAAGCUCCAUGAGGUGGUCACCAUUCUUGAGGAAGAAGGGGCCGUCAUCAUUAACGCUAAUUACUUUGUUGCAUUCGACAGAAUAUUCUACACUAUACACUCCCGGGCUUUCAGCACCAGAAUUGGCAUAGACGGGUCAAGAAUUUCCGAACGAAUGCGGGCAUUGGUGUGA